AUGGAUAGUUGUACAUCGUGGUUUCGUCGUGUGUGCGUAUUACGAAAAUAUCAUUCUGUGAUCGCUACACAAAGGGCUUUUCGUAUACACAUCGGCAUUCCACGUGCCGAAUCUAUUCCUUCUGCUUACACUAUUAAAUUUUGGAUACGGCAAUUGGAAGAAACUGGAAGUACCCUAAGUGGACUUGGACACGGAGCACCCAGAACGGUAAGAACCCCCGAAAAUGUGCAAUUGGUUAGAGAGUCAAUUGAGCAGUCACCAAGACGCACGCAAGCAGUCACCUAA